UAAGAAUUUUAGGUCAUUAAAGAAACGUAGUAUAUAUUGUCAAAAUAAUUAUAUUCAUAAAAUUAAUCUCACAUGCUUGUGUGUGUGUAUUUAUAUAUACAUAGUAAAUAUGCAAAGUACACAGACGUUGUGUACGGAAAAACUAUUUUGGAUGCGAUUACCUAUUGAUCAGCACUAAUACGUAACAUUUAAUAUACUGAUACUGAUGUUUCUUUGGUUUCAUAAACAGACAGGCUUAUGUCUGUCGCAUGAAGCGAAUGGCCCACAGGCAAAGAGUUUAAAAUUAGUCUCUCUCUUCAUUGGCCAGCUGUCUUCAAAGCCUUUUUAGGGUUUGAACUUGCCAACAGGGGAUCCAAAGCACAGUGAGUGUAGAGCUCAAAUGUGAAAGAGACCACACCAAGGGACCAGCCACAUGUCUAUAUCACAGAUAACACCAACUCUCUUCCUGAGUGGGGCUGAUGCUCCUUUGAAUCAGGCACUUAUGACCCGUAAAGGCAUUACACUGAUCGUGAAUGUGACCCUAUCCCACACCUGCCCUAUCUACCCAGGUGUGGAGUGCAUCCGUGUUGCAGUGCCCGACCUCCCAAAUGCCCGUCUAGGUGAUCAUUUUGACCAUGUUGCAGCUCGAAUCCAUGGCAACAGAUCUGGAGGGACCCUAGUGCACUGUGCUGCGGGCAUGAGUCGCUCACCUGCUUUAAUAAUGGCCUACCUCAUGAAGUAUAAAGGAGUGACUCUGCGACAGGCGCAUAACUGGGUUAAAGACAGCAGACCCUACAUAUGCCUUAAUACAGGAUUCUGGGCCCAACUUCUGGACUAUGAGAAGAAACUCUAUGGUAAGAAUACCGUCAAGGUGGCUGAACCACUGGAUCCACUUCCAGUACCUAAAACACCAAAACUGCCUUCCAAGUACAGCAUGAGACGGUGUCCUUCUUCACCAAGGCUGAGUCGACUCAGAAGAUUCACUUCCUUGGCUCUUUAAUCAGCAACAUCAAAGCGAUCUUUUGGCAAAAGUGGACUUGUAAUAAUUUCUAUUAUUAAGGUCAAUGAAAUUUUCAGGAUCAACGAGAUCUAUGCAGUGAAAGAAAGUACUUUAACAUGACUGUUUUGUUUUUCCACUAGCAUGUGAUUUUAGGAGACUUUUAGCCAUUUCCUCCUGGUUUCUAAUGAAUUCACUUUCAAGGAUGUUUAUUGUUUAUUCGUUUUUUUGAUGUGGCCUGGCUGGAACUCCGGGAAUAAAAAAAAUCUUGAAACUUAGUAUGCAUUAUUUAACCAACAGAGGACACUCUUGUAGCAUUCCAGUUUUUUUUCAACCGCUAACAAGCAUUGCUUAUUACUAAAGCCCCGUUUUCAAAGCUGUUCACACUCUCAGAAGUAUAUGCGGACCAAACUAAAUAAUUUUCCACUGCUUUCAGACAAAACCAAACGACCACAUUUUUCAAAAUUCACAAACACAUUCAGAUCGGAAUGUCCGUUUCUGCAGGAAUUAUAUUGAAUAUAAAAUCUUAGCAGAAUGUUUAUUAUGGAACUGAAUAAUAAUUAUUCCAAACACAACUCAGUGCAAUUUCAGCCAAAACUAGUCCUAUUUUUGUCUUUUCUUUUCUUUCUGUCUAACUGUUUGUCUUUCUUUCUUCUUUUUUUUUCAUUAUCGU